AUGGCUCUCGCCAUGCCGUCCACCAUGUCCACGGCGCCGCCGGACGCCGAUCUCAUGGACAUUGACAUUGAUAUGGACAUGGACGAUCAUGGUCCAGCCAUCGACGAAGAACUCCAACUUGAAGAAGGCGAAGAACCCUCAUUUGUGCCGUCCGGCGCACCAGCCCCAGAUUCCUCCAAUCUCAUUCCCGCCAUCUACACCGAAGACCCCGCCCUCGAACCGCAAUGGAACAAAGUCCAUAUUCGUGGCGUGGACGAAAUGCACACCAACGACAUCCUUGCUUUUGUCCAUGACCACUUUAGUGAAGCGGGUGGUGAUGAUGUCCAUAUUCAGUGGAUCGAUGACACAUCUGCAAAUAUCGUCUUCAAGGACAAAGAAACGGCCAAACGGGCACAACUGGCGUUCCUCGCAAGUCCUCUCUCGGUCGAAGAGCUGACAAACGAACCAUUCGAGCUACGAACCGCGAAACCGUUGGCCAGUCGGCCAGGAAGUAUGCUCGUGGUCCGCGUAUCGCAAGCGGGCGAUAGGAAGAAGAAGGGAGCCCGGGACGCCAGUCGAUACUACCUGCUCCACCCUGACCAAGAUCCUACAGAACGGAUGCGGCGAGAAUUUGCAAACAGCCGAAACUCGAGAAAUGAGAAUGGUGAUUACAGACGCAGACGGUUUGACGACCGGGAGCUGUCCAGAAGAAGGAGAGACAACGAUCACAAUGCCGAUGGAACAGAUUUUUCUGCAAACAUGUAUGACGACGCGCCCGCGACAGAACCGGAGACCACCGGAAGAGGUCGCGACCUAUUUUCACGAGUUUCAAAGACACGACGAAGAAGUGCCAGCCCCAGUGGACGAACACGCCACAGUGAUGAAGUUGAAAUAUCUGACUCAGACGAAGACGGUCGUCAUCGCCGGAGAGGAAAUGGUUACCGCGACCGCAGCGACCGAGGUCCUCGAUCGAACGCCGGUAAAGAACUUUUCGGUCCAGCCUCGGAUCGAAAACCCGGCGGUCUACACUCGGACAGACUCGAGCUCUUCCCUUCAAAGAUGGCAGAUGCAGACACGUCCAUGACUGCUGAUCCUCCAGGGUGGAGUGCGGGUUCAAAGACGCCCUCCGAUCCAGUAAAUGCACGCGCCAAUGCUGCCGCAGCGAAACGAUUGAAAGCCGAUCUUUUAAGCGCCGCACAGACGAGUCCUCGCCCCAAUCACCGACGCAGUCACGCCAUGGACGCGAAGAAUGAGGAAGAUCUCGCCGAGCGGUUCGCCCGAAAGUCAAUUUCGAUCGAUAGCACCAAGUCGUUCAAAAAUGGGAUGUUGAAUAGCGGUGGUAUUGAACUAUUUCCUUCGGGUCCCAAUGGCGGCGGCGGUGGCGGUGGUUUGAGCAUCAAAGGCUCUGCGUUGGAUACUAGGAAUAAUGAUGGUUUCAGUAUCAAAGGAUCCGGCGGACUCAGCAUCAAGGGCCGAGCGGAGGCGAAGGAAUUGUUUCCCAAUCAGUAUGUGCAUGGAGGAAGGAAUGAAGGCAAAGAACUCUUCGAUGCCCCUGUGAGGGAGAAGAGAGUGAGACGUCGAGCGGGGGACUUAUUCGAUUGA